AAAUAAAACAUUAAAAACAAUCUUUCAUGUAUGUGAAAGUUACUGAUGUAUGGGUAUAAGUAUCUCUUUACCAGACGUUUCCCCCCAAUAUUUUAAACAUUUCAAAUAUAUACAAAAGAAGACAGUAUAGUAGAAUGAAACUCUUUUCCUCCCCUACUCUGCAUGUACCCAUUGCUCAUCUUCAACAAUUAUCAACCCAUGUCUCUGUUUGAUUGACAGAUAUUUAAUGAAUACUUCCUUUGUGCUAAGUGCUGUGCUAGAUUCCCAAGCUCUAGAAAAAGACCUGACAUAGGCCUUCAGGAGUUCAUUUUUAGUGGAGAAGAAAGUAAGAAAAUCAAUUAAAAUAGUACAGCAUGAUGCAUAAAGUCAUCUAAUUUGCCAGAGAAUUAUGUGAUUAUAAAGAAAAAGUGAAAGAAAGGCACUUUACCCUGCUGAUAAAUGGUAGAAUUGGGAGAGCGAGGGAGAAUUAGUAUACAAACUUAAGACUCUGGAAACACUUUCAGAAAGUCAUGGAAAAAGGGAGCAGGGAAGUCAAAGUUCAUCAAACGUUAGGAAUGUCACUAAAAUACAAACGCUCAUUGGUGUGUAAAAUCUUGUCUGUAUGUACUUAAGUAGGUAUUUUUGGGGAGAGGAUUCUUAGCAUGAAACCUUCAUAGGGUUCUAUACCAAAUAGGUCCAUUGUAUACUCUGUAUAAGGGAAUUGGAUUUUGUAGUAAAGUAUUUCCUUAAUGGUCAGCUCAAACACUCAUGAGGGUUAAAAAGCCAAAAGAGACUCAGAGACAGAUGUUCAUUGAACUCAACUGUAAGUAAUCUUUAUUAUUGCACAUAGAUAGGAAAGUAAAUAUUACACUCUUCUUAUAGCUUAGAAAUCUAGUACUUACAUAUAUAUAUAGAUUUUAUAUAUAUAUUAUAUAUAUAGAUUUUAUAUAUAUAUAUUAUAUAUCUGAAAAUAGGAAAUAAUUGGUUUUAUUAGUAUAUCUAGAGGUCAGGGAUUCAGUAUCUGGAGAGAUAGAUAUCAUACCCCAAGUAAAAAUGCUGCCUUUUUUUCUAGGCAUCUUUAGGGUCCUCGCUUAAUCCAGUUUGAGCUGCAUGAUGUGUGGAACACAGGAAAGAGUUAAGUGUUAUGUCCCAAUCUAUUCUUACCUGUUGUGCCUUACCAAAGAUGUAUCAUUAAUGUUGAUCUUGCUUGCUACUUAUCUAGAUAUGUCCUGCCUAUAAUUUUAGACCUAUAUAAUGCAUUUCAGUACAACCACAUCAGAGCAUAAGUAUGUGUGUGCACACACAACUAAUGCAGAAGUGCAGUUUCCUGUUCUAGCUUUUCUGACUGAGGAAACAGGUACUGUUUACAGUAUAUACUAGACAAACUGGAAGCACAUGCUUCCUACUCUCUAAUCUUUGCAGUCACUCUUUCACUUUGUACUUGCUUGCAUCUAUGCUAUGUGUGUCUCUGUGGCUUUUUUCUUUCCUUAUGUUCUGGGAUAGAAGUGUGACAAAAAGCUGUAGCUGUUUUUAAUUCAUUCAUAAUGUUAUUUGCUUGAAGACUGUAGUUGAUUAUUUGAUCACCCUUUUAUGUAUGGUUUGCUUAUUUCUUCUAUUUACUAUUCAAGAAUUAUAUAUAUAGUCAAGUCUGGCAAAAACGAUUAACUCUGAUUAAGUUUUAUAAAAUAUGCUGGAGAUUUCAUUGAUACAUAGCUUUGUGGUGCAUUUUGUUCAUGCAUAUGAACAUUUGUUAUGUUUGAGUGUUCCUGAAAUGGAAUUAUUUGAAAAUUUGUGUAAAUUAUCUUUAAAAAUGAAAUAAAAUGACAAGGUUUAUCCUUUCAAAUUGAUAGGAUUUAACUGUUAUUAAAAUCAUAUUAUUCUCCAUAAAGUGAACUUACAGUUAUUUGUGUUUCAAUUAUAUAAUUUAAGUAAGUCAUAUCUCCCUUUAGACAUGUCCCAGCUUAUUGAACAUUUUUAUGUGAUUUCCAUAGUGAGUAUAUGGAUAAGAUAGGUGGGCUACAUAAAUUAUCUGGGAUAGAUUUUAUGAAUAGUCUUGGAUAUCAAUCUCAGAAUUUGGUGUCACUAUUACUAUUUUUAAUGCUCUGUUUGUAGUAUAGCAUACUGACGGUAUAGUAGGUAAAAUACACAGUUUUAGCCCUCAAAGAGUUUACAUUCUAAUGAGGAAGAAAGACUAAUGUAUAAAUAACUUGACUAGAAUACAUGAUGUAAAAGAGGCAAACAUAAAACCUUGAAAAAAAAGAUUAUUUCAUAUUCGGCAUUUCUUUUUUUUUAAAUUUUUUUUUAACGUUUAUUUAUUUUUGAGACAGAGACAGAGCAUGAACAGGGGAGGGGCAGAGAGAGAGGGAGACACAGAAUCUGAAACAGGCUCCAGGCUCUGAGCUGUCAGCACAGAGCCCAACGCGAGGCUCGAACUCACGGACCGUGAGAUCAUGACCUGAGCCGAAGUCCGACGCUUAACCGACCAAGCCACCCAGGCGCCCCUCAUAUUAGGCAUUUCUUAAAGGAUGUGAUGCUUGAGUUAUGCUUAAGUAACUGGUAGAAAAUUGGCACGGGGAGAUUUGGGAAAAGGCCAUUUCAGACUCAAUACAUAACAUGAAAAAGGGAGAGUAGUAGCCAAGUGUAUCAUUGAAGAGUCCCUAGUGGUCCUGCAUAAGAACAAUUGGGGAGCACAUGGCUAUUAGACUAGGAAAAUUGGUGGGGCUCCUGGGUGGCUCAGUCGGUUGAGUACCCGAUCCUUGAUUUCUGCUCAGGUCAUUAUCCUAGGUCAUGGGAUAGCCCUGAGUUGGCUUCCACGCUGAGUAUGGAGCUUGCUUGGGAUUCUCUCUGUCUCUCUCUCUCUCUCUCUCUCUUUCUUUCUCUCUCUCUCUCUUUCUCUCUCUCUCUCUCUCUCUUUCUCUCUCUCUCUGACUCUGACUCCCUCUCCCUCUUUCCCUCCCUCUGCCUCUUUCCCCUACUCAUGUGCUGUCUCUUGCUCUCUCUGAAAAAUUGGGUUUGACUCUCUUAUAAGGAUGUGUAGAUCUUAUUUGUUAGGCAAUAGACAACCCUUGAAGAUUAUAGAACAUCUCUUAUGGAUCAGAACUGAACAUGUCUUGUGAUUUAUUUAUAACUCUUGUUUAGUAGAUAUUACAAGCCUCAUUUUAAAUAAGAGAAGUAAUGAGGCCCAGAGGAGUUAAGUGACUUACCCAAGGUCUCAUGAUGAGUAAUUGUCAGAGCUAGGAUUCAAACCAAAUGUUCUUUUGAAUCUGCAUGCUUCCUCUCUUUUAAGUGGAAGAAUGAGACAAUCAGGCUAAAUCUUAAGAAUGCUAUUAUCAAAGCAGUUGGUUUCUUGGUUUAAGGAGUAAUAUACAGGCAUAGUGGCUGGUUCAGACAAGUGGUAAUAUGAAAUUUGCAUUUGGGUUUGUAACAAUAGGAGUGAAAAGGAGAGUUUUGUAUGAGAUUUAGUGGCCUGGAUAAUUAAGAAUGCAUGCAUUUAGGAGGUACUAUAAGUUGCCUGUGAGAAAUGGUGAAAAAUAAAAUGACAGAGCCAAAGAGUAUAUAAUGAUAUAAGUCAAAACAAGAAAGUUUUAAAGGUGGGAUAAUAAACAUUAUUAAAUACUAUGUAGAUUUGAAGGUAUAUGAAGAACAAGUAAAUGUCAUUUGGUGUUAGGUGAUACUGGAGACUCUUUUGAGGGUGACUUUAGCAGAUUGGUAUGAUUAGAAACUAAAUUAUGAGGGAUUGAGGUGUGAGUGUGAAGACAAGGAAGAAGUCCAUGAUACAGACUCUUUUGAAAAUACGGGAGAAAGUGGAAACGAUAGCUUAAAGAUAAGGCAAAGAAUUUGAAUGGUGGAGGGAAAUGGAUGAAUUUGUCAAAGCUACCAAGGCAUUGGUCAUAAAGAAGGGGUUGAGGAUUUUAGAGAGGGAAUAGUUGGUGGUUCAUGGUCUUAAAAGACAGGGGAGAAUUUGACACAGGUGUAUGGGCUAACCUUUGAGAGAAAAAAAGAGCUCUUGUGAAUUGGGAGGGAGAGAAAAUAUGAUUUUUCUACAUAUAAAUGAGUUACCUACUUACAAUUUAGAGUAGGAGCUUCGUGGCUCAUGUUAAAAGAUCUAUAGAAAGUUUAUUGAAGGAAAGCAGGGUCAUUUGUUAAGAGUUAGGUGGUGAGAACUUUGAAAAACAGGAGAAGAUCUGGAGCAACUGGUAUGCUCAAAGAAUAAAACAGAAUGAGUCUUCCCCACAGCAAGAAUUUCCAGCCAGGAAUCAGACCAUACAUUUUUAUUGGCACCAACUCUCAUCUGUCCUUCCACCCUGCCCUGCCCCCCACCCCACCCCCCACUAGUGUCGAUAGUCUGGGGAUCCUAAAGAAGAUGUUAUGUGAUCAAUUUGCUCAAUGUUAGGAAUUGGCAGGUGGGCAAUGGAAAGUGAGUGAGGGUUUCUAGGUUGGCAAUUAGAGCAUAAUUGACAUUUUAAAUCUUUAUUUCAUAGACUGAUGUAUGAAAGCCUUUGAUAUUUGAUACAAAUGUAUAUUCUUAGUAGUGAUUGAAUAGGUAAAACAGUAUUACCGCAUCUAACCUUCAAAACUUUAUUCUUCCCAUCUUCCCUUUCCCCUUUACUUUCUGCUUCAGUUGAACUCAAAUAUGGAAGCAUCUUGGUGUGGUGGAGCCAGUCCUUCCUUUAGGAGACACCUAUUUUGAAGGAAUGACACCACAAGUGACAGAAGGAAAAGCCAAACUGAGCUUUAUCAAAAUGUAAAAUGUUUGUACUUCAAAGGACAGUAUCAAGAAAGUGAGCAAAUGAUCCAUUGAGUGGGAGAAAAUAUUGGCAAAUUAUAUUUCUGGUAAGGGACUUGUACCCAUAAUAUAUUAAAAACUCCUACAGCUCAACAAUAAAUGACAACACACAUAAAAAAAUGGGCAAAAUAGCUGAAUAAAUAUUUCUAUAAAGAAGAUAAUUGAAUGGUCAAUAAUACCAUGAAAAGAUGCUCAUUAUCAGGGAUAAUAGUAUUGGUCCUCUGAUCUAUGAUCGUGGGCUGUCUUUCCAUUUAUUUCUUUGUAUCUUUCAACAGUAUUUUGAAGUUAUCAGAGGGCAAGUUCUCUACUUCUUUUGUCAAAUUUACUCCUAAAUAUUUGAUUCUUUUUGAUGCAUUUUAAAUGGAGUUUUUUUUUCUUUCAUUUCUGUAUUGUUCAUUGCUAGUAUAUAGAAAUUCAAUUGACUUUUGUAUAUUGAAAUUGUAUCUUGCAAACUUGCUGAACUCACUGAUUAGUUGUAAUAAUUUUUGGUGGAUUCCUUAGUGAAUUUCUUUAUAUAAGAUUUUAUUUGCAAAGGGAUAGUUUUACUUUUUCCUUUCCCUUCUGGAUACCUUUUAUUUGUUUGUUUAUUAUCUAUCUAGCUAUCUAGCUAUCUAGCUAUCUAGCUAUCUAGCUAUUUAUUUAUUUUUGCCAACCGUUCUGACUAGAAUCUCCAAUACAAUAUUCAAUAGUAGUGUUGAGAAUGAAUAUCCUUUUAUUAUUCCUGAUUUUAGGGGAAAAUCUUUUAGUCUUUUACCAUUAUGUGUGAUGCUAGCUAGCUGUGGGUUUUUCCUGGAUUCUAUCAGGUUGAGGAAAUUCCCUUCUAUUAUUAGUUUCUUGAAUGUUUUACAUUUUGAUCAAACCUGGAGGGCAGGUUUGUGCAGCUAAGGAACAGCUCAGAGAAGGAUCAGUCUCUGGGUAACCGGAGGAUCAAGAGGCAGGUCGUGGAGGGGGAGGAGAUCGCCUACAAGUUUAUGCCCAAGUACCUGCUGUGCAGGAGUGGCCUGCGUUCCCUCCCUCUCCUCCUCAUGUGGAGGAGCCAGAACAGCUGGAGGGAGCAUAGACGAGAGCUCCUGGACCAUCCUGGUCAAUGCUGACAGGGAGGAAGUGGCCACGAGAACUCUGAAGCAGUCCUCAAUGGUGCCGGAGAUGGAGAAUUGGGAGGAGGGGGCAAAGGAGGGAGCAGAGUUUGGCAAGGAGGAUCUUUUCCAUCAACAGGGGUCCAAGGACCACCUCGUGAGGCUGCCUAGUGAUGUGAAGGGAACUCACCCCAUUAGAGGUCUUUCUUUAUGAAAACUAUUUUUAUAUAUAUAAAAAUUUUUUUUGUCAAGUACUUUGUUUUUAAUCUAUUGAGAUGAUCAUAUUGUUUUUCUCCUUUAUUUUAUUGAACGAACCAAUAAUUGAUUUCAUUGUUUAGACCAACUUUGCAUUCCUCAGAUAAAUCCUGUUUAGUCAUGUCUCUUUUCAUAUGUUUUUGGAUUUGGUUUGUUAGUAUUUUGUUUAGGUUUUUUGCAUGUUUAUAUUUAUAAGGGAUAUCGGCCUAUAUAUAUAUAUAUUUUUAAAGUUUGUUUAUUUUUAGUUCUCUACAUCCAACGUGGGGCAUUGAACUCACUACCCUGAGAUGGAGAGUUGCAUGCUCUUCCUACUGAGUCAGCCAGGGGCCCCUGGGCUAUAGAUUUCUUGAGAUAUCUUUUGUCUGGCUUUAGUGUCAAGAUAGUACUACUUACCCUCAGAGAAAUGAGUUGGGGAGUGUUUUGUCCUAUUCUGUUUUGAGAAAGGUUUGUGAAAAUUUAGUGUUAAUUCUUUUAAAUGGUAAAAUUCACCAAUGAAUGUAAAUCCUGGGCUUUUAUUGAUGGGAAAAAUCAAUUUAUUCAUUAAAAAUUCAAUGAAUUUACUUUUAUAGGUCCAUUCAGAUGGUUUAUUUCUUCUUGAAUUUCAGUAAUUGAGGCUCUUUCGGGCUUGUUCAUUUUAUAAGAUUAUCUAAUUUGUAGGCAUAUAUUUGUUAACAGUAUUUCCUUAUAUCCUUUGUAGUUCUGUAAGAUCAGUAAUGGUUUCCCCUCUUAUCUCUUUUUUUUCUUGAUCAGUCUAGCUAAAGUUUUGAUAAUUUUGUUGAUCUUUUCAAAGAACCAACUUUUGGUUUUGUUAAUUUUCUCUAUUGUUUUUCCAUACUCUAUUUUAUUAGUUUCUGCUCUCAUCUUUAUUAUUCCAGUUCUUCUGCUUGGAUUUAGUGUGCUUUUCUUUCUCUAGUUUAUUAAGGAUGUUUAUUAAGAUUUUUUAAAUUUUAGGCAUUUGUAGCCAUAAGUUUUCUUAUGAGCACUUCUCUAGCUGUAUCCCAUAAGUUUUGGUAUGUUGUGUUUUCAUUUUUAUUCAACUCAUAGUAUUUUCUAACUUCUCUUUUGAUUUCUUUUUUGACCUACUGGUUAUUUAGAAGUGUGUUGUUUAAAUUCCCAAAUUUCCUUCCAUUGUUGAUUUCUCAUUUAAUUUUAUUGCAGUUGGAGAACAUACUUUGUAUGAUUUCAGUCCUUUUAAAUUUACUGAGGCUUGUUUUUAAUGGCCUAACAUAUGGUCUAUCCCAGAGAAUGUUCUGUGCAUGCUUGAGAAGAAUGUCGGUGCUGCUGUUGUUGGGUGUAGUGUUCUGUUGAUGUCUCUUAAGGUUAGUUUGUGUAUAGUGUUGUUCAAGUCCUCUGUUUCUUUUUUGAUAUUCUGUGAAUUUGCCUAGUUGUUUCUUUCAAUAAUUAUAUUGAAAGCAAGGUACUAAAGUUUUCAACUAUUAUUGUAGAAGUAUGUAUUUCUCCCUUCAAUUCUGUCAUCUUUUGCUUCAUGUAGUUGAGGAUGGUCUUAUUUUGUGCAUGUUUGAUUAUUAUGUCUUCUUGAGAAAUUGACAUUUUUACCCUUAUAAAAUGUCCUUCUUUGCCUUUGAUUAUAAUUUUUCUCUUACUGUCUGUUUUGUCUGAUAGUCAUCCAGAUCUUUUUAGUUAUGUUGAUAUAGUAUAUAUAUUUUUUACCAUUCUUUUGCUUUCAACCUGUUGUGUCUUUUAAAAUAAAGUAUGUCUUAUAGAUAGCAUAUAGUUAGAUAAUGUUUUCUUAUUGAUUCUGCCAAUCUGUAACUUUUGGUUUUAGUGUUUAGUCCAUUAACCUUUAGUGUAAUUACUGAUCAGAUGGGAUUAAUAUCUACCAUUUUGCUGAAUGUAUUAUAUAUGUUUUAUUUCUUUUUUUGGUUUUCUGUUACUCUAUUACUUCCUUCUUUGGUGUUAAAUAUCUAUUUUCUAGUAUACCAUUUUAAUUCCCUUGUUUUCUUUUACUAUACUUUAGGUUCUCAGUUGUCAUAUGCAUAUAUUCUCACUUAUGCACUUAGAGAUUGCAGCAGCACUUUGCGCUUGAAUUUCCUAUAUGGUUUACAUAGGGAAAAAUACCGAGGAUCUGGCCAGUCAAGUGGUCAAGAAAUUUGUCUGAGAAUUUUUUUCUUGGGGAACAAUUAUAUUUUCUUACAAAGUUCAAAUCUUCUGUUACUCAGAUUUGCAGCAGGGCAUCUGUUCCCUCUCAUCCUUCCUCUUUGGUUUCCUCCCUAUCUAUGUCCCUCUUUCUAAUUCAUUCAACAAACAUAUUUUGAAUGUAUGUACUCAACCAGGGCCUUUGGAUUUAGUAAUGUAUAAAACAGAUGGUCUCUUCCCUAAUAUUAGAGUCUAAAGUAGAUUUCACUAACUCAGAUUCUUUCAGGAACAUUGGAAUAUCUGAGAAUACACAGUAGGGAGGGCAUCGUGCAAUCUGUAGCCAAUUCCAAGGAUAUUCCCAUUCAAAUUAAGACGAGAUCUGCAGGUUAUGGAUGGUCUCUCUUUUAAUACAAAAUUCUCUGUAGUAGGAAUUGUUGCAGAUUCUUUACCCAACUAUCAGUUCCAUUUUUAGGUUUAUACAGUUUAGUUUACCCAAUCAAUCUUGAAAACAUGCCCUGUUAACUGAUGUGCCUUAGAGUUUUGAGUAUUUUCAGCUGUUUUAUUCAUGACUUAAUAAAGUCAUACCAGCCUUUACAACUUACUAGACUUCAUAAUGUUUUAUAUAACAGAUAUGGACUAUACAGGAUAGAGUCUUAUUAAAAUAUAAUUUUAAAAAGUAUAGAUCUCUUUAAGCCUUAUUCCCAGCUUCCAGUGUUCUUUGUAGUUUUAGAGACAGAUUGUGGUAUCUUUUAUAUAGUUUUUGUUUUUGUUUUUUUCUUUUUAUUCAAAAGAAAGAGGGAUAACAGAUAAACUUUUAUAUUCGUUUUAUUUUAUUUAAUCUGAAGUUUAUGUAUUUGAACAAUAUUAUUUCCAUCAAAAGAUUAGAUAUAAAUUGUUUUGGCAAUGAACUCUGCCUCCAUGAUAUAUGAUAUAUAUUUUAGCAACUUACCUGAUGUUCAUAUACCACAUGUUCAAAUAAUUAAUCAAGGAGAAUAGAGGAAUUUUACUUUUCCAGUGAUGAUGGUGAUAGUUUUUCCUACAUUAUGUGGCUCUGAAUAAGACACUAUUGGGAGGUUGGAGCUAUGAGAGAAGAGACUUAGGUUUCGUAGGAAGAAGAGGUUUGUUCAUUACACUAUCAACAAGGUCUGGUGCUAAAGAAGACUAUGCCUAGCAAACAAAAACUUUUUGGGGGGCUCGUUUAUUUUCACAGAAUUUGUGUUUGAUAACAAGCCUGAUGUAUUUUCCCAUCAAGGAAUGUAUUAUGGUCAAAUCAUUUGAUCAUUAAUCUCUGCAAAUGACUAACUUGGUUAACUUUUAAUGUGAUGUUUGUCACUACCAUCCUAAAAUUCUUUGCCAAAAAGGUAUAAAGUAAACGUAUUUCACUGUUUCUGUUCUAUUUGCAAUUAGUUGGCUUCAUGCAAACCUCAUCAUUGAAAUAUUUUUUAACUGGGAAAAUUAUGUUAUAUUUAUAUGAAAAGGGAAAUUUUUUUUUUUUUACCUCCUUCCACCUAGUUGAAUAGAAAUUGCAUCUGAAGCUAUAUAAAAAAUAAAGUUAAAGCAGUCACUACACUGGCCUAAACUGGUGGACAGAUCUUCCGAGUACAGAAUGUCUGCAUUAGAAGUAUAGUAUUUUAUCAUUCUUUUUUCCCUUUCCACCUUAAAUCUGUGUGUGUUCUUUUUUUCCAACAAUUUUACUGUGCAUUCUCCAUCCAUUAAAAUGUUUUGUGGAAAUUCUGUACUCUAGGGAGCAUUGGUAGUCGAUAAUAACUUUCCACAAUUAUCUUUUGUGAUAUAAGUGAGAACAUGGGUGCCAUGACGUUGUGUUUUAGAAUUUCUUAGAACUUCCCCCUGAAAAGAUGUGACUCUAACCUUUAAGAUGAUACUGUAUUUCAACAAGGUAUGCAAGUUUGACUGUAAAAGGAGAGUCAAGCAGCCCUGAAAGCUCAAGUCUUCAGAGACCAGUCAGAAGUCAAAAGACCUAUGGGCUAUGUUUUAGCUAAUUCUAAAAGAGGGUAAUUGCAGAAAGUAAUAUAAGUUUGCAUGGAAUAAUCACUAAAUUCUUUAACUUGCUGCGACUACAGCCCCAAACAUCUGUUUUGGUGACUCCUUGCUACUUUACAAAUCAUUCUUAAACUUAGUGGCUUAAAAUAUUUAUUUUGCUCAGGAGUCUGUGAUUUGGAAAGGUUCAUUUGGCAUAGUGUGUCUUUGGUACACUUUGUGUCAGUUGUGUGGUUCAAAAGGAGGGGCUAGAAUCAUCUGAAGGCUUGCCCAAGCCCAUGUUUGGUGGUGCAGGCUGGCUGUCGGCUGAGAUAACAAGUGGGGGUCUUGGUCAGAGCACUGACAUGUGGCCUUUCCUUGUUGCCUGGGUUUCCUCACAGUAUGGUAGCUGGGUUAUAAGGGAGAGGUGGGAAGAGAGAGACAGAGAGGAAAAAGGGGGGUUGGAGAGACAGAGACAGGAUGAGCCUAUGUCUAUAUUGCCUUUUAUAACUUUCAGAAGUCACAUGGUAUUAUUUCCAAGACAUUUUGUUCCUUGAUACAAAGCCCUACUCAAUUUAAGCUGGAAGGGAUAUUAUCUCUGUUUCUGGGUGCAUGACUGGCAAGGUCCUGGAAGGUCAUGUGGGAUUGGAAAUAUUGCUGUGGCCAUUUAUAAAAAAAUACAGUCUGACACAACAGUUUGCCUGGUUACCUGUGUUCUCUUAUCUCUGGCCUCAGAAUAAGUGAUUGGGAUGAGUGAGGUACUAACAUUCACUAGUUAAGUGUAGAAGGUGGAAUAUCAGGAUACAGAUUGAAAUACUUGUCUAUGUUCCUUUACACUUUAUUUGUGAUUUUAUUUCUUUCUGGAAUUCUGCCUUUGUUUGUCCUUAGGAGGCAGAGCUAAAAUUGUGAAAAACAGGAUUUUAUGUUACGCCAGCUUUAUUGAAAGGUGCUGUGAUGUAUUGCAUCUGAAUGACCAGUGUUCACAUUUCAGUUCCCUUACUUUCUAACUGUGUGACAUUGGGACAGUUACUUAGCUUCUCUGAGGUCACACAUUUACAAAGUUAGUGUGAUGAUACUUUUCAUAGAGAGUUCGUUUGUAAAAUAGAGAUAUGAUAUGUAAAGGGACAGCUCAGUAACUGGGAGGUCCUGGGGUCUCAGCUAUUAUCAUUAGGCAGGUUGAUGAAAAUGUGUGAUUUAGGAUGUUAAAUUGAUUGUGACCAGAAUGAUAGAUUAAAAAACCAGUUUGGGAUAUGUAGAUAUUUUGAAGCUAGAACCAAUGUAGGAGCCUGUGACUGGAAGGAUUUUGAAUAGAGGAAAACCUAUGAAGGGAUUCAGGAAGAGUAUGUCUCCUUUUUGAAAGGUACAUCAUUCUUUAUAUGCUGUUUAUCAACUUUUAACUGAGAUGAUGUUUCAAAUUUAUUAAAAUAAUUAGCAGUUAGUUAAGGUAUUAUAUUAAAUGUCCUAAUAUUGUAGUUUGAAAUGUUGUAUAUUUAGUGAAAAUUGUUACUUUUUUCCUACUUCUGUUUUCAUUUAUUUUUUGAAGUUUAUUUAUUUUGACAGAGAGAGAAAGAGAGAGCAUCAGCCAGGGAAGGGCAGAGAGAGGGAAAGAGAGAAUCCCAAACAGGCUCCAUGCUAUCAGCACAGAGCCUGACGUGGGGCUCAAUCUCAUAAACCACAGAACAUGACCUGAGCUGAAAUCAAGAGUUGGACGCUUAACAGACUGAACCACCCAGGUUGUGCUUUAAGAAGACUAUAGGGAAGAACACAUUUUCUUCUUGCCACAAAAGUUGCAAUAGAAAAUCUGUGAAGUCUUAAAAGGACCGAUGAGUAUUCUCAUCAUUGAAGCGUUCUAUGGAGGGUCCCAUAAACAGCUGGCAGAUCUGCUCCAAGAAGAGUUAGAAGACUGUGUCCUUUAUUCCCUUCCUGCAAAGAAAUGGCAUUGGAGAGCGCGCACAUCGGCUUUAUACUUCUCCCAGAAUAUUCCCAUCAGUGAACAGUACAGGAUCCUCUUUGCAAGCUCAGUGCUGAACCUGACUGAACUGACUGCCCUUCGGCCUGACCUUGGGAAGUUGAAAAAGAUUCUGUACUUCCAUGAGAACCAAUUGGUAUAUCCUGUCAAGAAAUGUCAGGAGAGGGAUUUUCAGUAUGGAUACAACCAAAUUCUCUCAUGCCUGGUGGCUGAUGUGGUGGUAUUCAACUCGGUUUUUAACAUGGAGUCAUUUCUCACCUCUAUUGGAAAAUUUAUGAAGCUGAUUCCUGAUCACAGACCCAAGGAUCUGGAAAGCAUCAUCAGACCCAAGUGCCAAGUUAUUUACUUUCCCAUCAGGUUUCCUGAUGUGAGCAGGACCUUUUCUCUUCUCAUUAACACCUCCACCAGAAUUGGAGCUGGGGAAGAGAAAGGAAAUGUUCAGACAUGUGCCUAUUUGCAUACUCACUCUCUUGAGUUAAUGCCAGGACGGCAGCACAUUCUGUCCAGUUCAAUAGAAAAGCCAGUUUCACCCCAUCGAUUCAUGCCCAAGCACAAAACAACCCAUCUACAGAAGAUUCUCAGCCUUAAAGGAAAUGGUGGUGCUGCUCCAUCGAUGGCCCCUGCUUUCCACCAGGAGCAGAAAGCUUCUGAGAAUCUGUUGAAGAAUUUUAAUUCAGAGUCUGGACCCUGUAAUGCUGCACAACAAGAAAACCUGGGUAGCUCAUUAACACAGGAGCCAGACUUGAGAACGUGCCACUCAUCUGAUAAUUCGAGUUAUCUUCAUGAGGAAGAUAAACAAAAUACGACUUCUAGUCCCUGUGACAUUUUCGGUGGAAUUGACGAUCCACAAAGACCACUGCACAUUGUGUGGCCUCACAGGUGGGAACAUGAUAAAGAUCCAGAGAGUUUUUUUAAGGUAUUAAUGCACCUUAAGGACUUAGGACUCAAUUUCCAUGUGUCUGUCCUUGGAGAAACCUUCACAGAUGUCCCAGAUGUAUUUUCAGAGUCCAAAAAGGCAUUGGGAUCGUCUGUCAUACACUGGGGCUACUUACCCAGCAAAGAUGACUAUUUCCAAGUACUGUGCACGGCUGAUGUUGUCAUCUCAACAGCUAAGCAUGAAUUCUUUGGAGUGGCGAUGUUGGAAGCUGUGUAUUGUGGUUGCUACCCACUUUGUCCCAAAGAUUUGGUUUAUCCUGAAAUAUUUCCAGCUGAAUAUCUGUAUUCUACACCUGAACAGCUUUCAAAAAGGCUCCAGAAUUUCUGCAAGAGACCAGAUAUUAUAAGAAAACAUCUUUAUAAGGGUGAAAUGACUCCUUUUUCUUGGGCGGCCCUACAUGGUAAAUUCAGGUCUCUGCUUACAACAGAACCUAGGGAAGAUUUGUGACAGAUGGGGCUAAGUCACAAACUUGCAGCCUAAGGCAGAAUCUGUAGAACUUUCCAGAGUGUGCCCAUAUUUACCUGAUCAGAGAGAAAAGAAAAUCUGCAGAGGAAGCUGAGCCUGGCUGCUUGUCAUAGCUGACACAGAGCCAUCUGCCACAAACCUGUGGCGGCUUCAGAUCUCCCAUCCCUGCCACCACCCCAACUCAAAUUAAAUACAGAUUCCUAGAGACGUUAUGAUGGUUACACAUGUCCUCGGCAUCACAUGGAGGAGACUGUUCAAAAAAAUAUGUGGCCUGUUGUAUAACCGCACUCAUGUAUCCCAUAUGUGGUGCCACAUUGAAUUUCCGGUUGAAUCCGUUUUUAUCCUUUGUACUGGAUGACAUGGUGCCUGAAUUCUUUCUUUUUGCCGACACGAUGGCAGCCGAACUGCAGCUUCAAAAGCUCGCACUUGGCUGUGUUUCUACCUAGGUUGCCAGGUUAUCAUCGGAGCCUUCUUGUGUCCUCAAAGGGCCACAGGGUCUGAAGGGAGGAUCAGAAUGCUACCGGACUAAUUGGGCAGCCAUCUCAGAGUUGUUUGUGGGCAAAGGGCUGCUUUAGCACUUUUAUUUUAGCCAAUUAAUGACUCUCUGGCACGGGGGUGUUUAAGUGAAGGUAUUAAUAAGGGGUCUGGCAGGUAUUCCCAUGAUCCGCAGAGUUACAUUUGCAUUUAAUUUAUUUUAAAGUUGCGAGAUAAACAGCUGUAAUUUGGACAAACAUGGGAAAUACACUAAGUGGAGCCAUCUUGCCCAUAAAAUGAACACUGAGAUACUCGUUUCAAUUUUUUUCCCCCCGGGGUAAAAAUAGAGAAAUCAAAAUACUUCUAAAAACAGUAAUUUUGAUAUAAAUAUUCCUCAAAAAUAUUUGCAUCCAGCUACAAAUAUGAUCUUUUCAAGAUAAAUCACUUAUGAUUCCAAUAGUCAAGCUGCUGUAUUUGUUGACAUAAAGAUGUUUUGAACGGCUAGAUUGUAAAAUAAAUUUUUAAUAAAGUGCCUACUGCAAUUUUUAAUUAGCAUAUCUCA